AUGCUGAACGUCCCGGCUCCGUCCUUCCCCGCCCCCGGCUCGCAGCAGCGGGCGGCCGUGGCGGGGCGCAGCAAGGUACCUUUAAAACCAGGCCGAAGCCUUAUGGACUGGAUUCGGUUAACUAAGAGUGGGAAAGAUCUUUCUGGUCUGAAAGGAGGAUUAAUAGAAGUGACUGAAGAAUUGCUCGCCAAACAUAAUAAGAAAGAUGACUGCUGGAUAUGUAUAAGAGGUCUUGUAUAUAAUGUCACACCAUAUAUGGAAUAUCACCCAGGGGGUGAGGAUGAGUUAAUGAAAGCAGCGGGGACAGAUGGCACAGACCUCUUUGAGCAGGUUCAUCGUUGGGUCAAUUAUGAAUCUAUGUUGAAAGAGUGUCUAGUUGGAAGAAUGGCACUUAAACAUACUGCUGCUGUGAAAGAGCUUUGUCACGCUAUACCUGAAGAAAAGGAAGUCUUAAAUGGCAUGUUUUCUAAACCUAAAGAUUUGGAUAACAGUUCCAAAGAGCUAAUUCCCAGUUAUGAUUGGUUCCAGACAGAUGGUACAGUCACUGUCGUCAUAUACACAAAACAAAAGGAUAUUAACUCUGAGUCAGUGAUAGCUGACCUUCAAGAAGGUAGACUGCGAGGAGAGAUCAUUGUGAAUGACUACUCAUAUCUUCUGCAUUUUGAGUUGAGUUACGCAGUUCAUGAGGACAUUGUAGUACAGAUCUUGGAAAAAGUGGGGAAGGUGGAGUUGAUCCUGAAGAAGAAAGAGACACUCCAUUGGAAAAAACUUGGGCAACCGCUGCAGAGUCAUAACUCUUUUGUCAAAUGUGCUGACAGAGGCUUGUUCUUCAGAAAAUGCCAAUUGAUAUCAAAGUCCAGUGUCAGUCAUGACACUAGACUCUUGUGUGUAAAGUUACCACAAGGAACUCAUCUCCAGGUUGCAGUUGGGUGCCACAUUUACCUCAAAAAGACAAUUACAGGCACAGAGAUAGUGAAACCAUACACACCUGUGACAUCUUCCUUGGUAUCAAAAUUCAAAGACCCUUCUCACAAUGAUAAGACACAUAUAUAUUUUAUGAUCAAAAUUUAUCCCAGUGGACUGUUUACACCAGCGCUUGACUGUAUAUGCAUAGGGGAGUACAUUUCUGUGAGUAACCCUGAAGGUAAUUUCAUAAAGCCACAAGCUGAAGAUGUAGAAGACCUAUUUUUGCUAGCAGCAGGCACAGGACUCACGCCAAUGGUUAAAUUGCUAAACUACACUUUGACAAGUAGCAGUAGACUCAGGGCAGCAAAGCUGAUGUUUUUCAACAAAACAGAAGAUGAUAUACUUUGGAGAAGUCAGUUGGAACAGUUAGCCCUUAAUGAUACAAGAUUUGACGUUCAGUUUGUUCUCUCUGAGCCAAACGCAGGAUGGACAGGGAAACAAGGGAAAAUUUCUUUCUCUCUUGUCUCUCAGUUUGUGAAAAGAAGUAAAGAUGAUUCUAAGAUGCUUAUUUGUAUGUGUGGUCCAUUACCUUUCUUGGAACAAGGAAUACAGAUUUCGCAAGACCUGGGAGCCUCCUGUGAAGAGAUACAUUGUUUUAGAGCCUGAAAAGCCAAGUUGAAGACCUCAGUUUGCGUAUUUCGCUGUCUUCAUAUUUAUCUUCUCUGUUUGUUUGAAUUCUUGGGGAGGAAACGUUGUGCAUGAACGUAUUGUUCUUUUCAGGGUGAUUACUUGAAUAUUUGGGGGGAAUAACUUUAUAUUCUGCUGCUUUGAAAUUAUAUUUUUGCUACU